AUGGGUACGCACCAUUGGCCACCGGGUCCGACCGAGACCAGCCCGGCAACCCACCGUCUCCUCUCCGCCGCCAAUUACUUCCUCCGUGACCGCAACUUCUCCGACUGCCGGAACUACGCCCUCCGCGCACGCGACUCCGACACGACCCACCCCACCCCAACCGCGAUCCUCGCCGUGGCCACCGUCCUCUCCGCCCCGGCCAUAUCCCCGGCCCGUCACGACUACUACGCCGUCCUCAGCCUCCCGCAUUUCGAGCCCGACGCCGUUCGUAUCCGGGACAGUUUCAGAACCCUAGCCUCCAAUCUGAACCCCAGCGUGAACCCCUACCCGUUCGCGGACGAGGCCUUGCGACUGAUUCUGACGGCGUGGUCCGUGCUGUCUAACCCUGAAGAGAGGGCCAGGUUCGACGAGGAGCUGAGGACGAGCCUGUCCGCUUCGGAUGGUGGCGGUCUACGCGGCAAUUGUACGUCAGGGAAUGAUGCUGGUACAUUCUGGACGAUUUGCCCUUAUUGCUAUUACGUGUACGAAUUCGAGGGGAUUUAUCAGGAUUGUUGUGUGAGGUGUUCGAACAAGAAGUGCAGAAGGGUGAUGCACGCGGUGGCUAUCGAUGGGCCCCCGCCGCCACCAGACGUGGUGGAGAAGGGCCAGUACUUGUGUACCGCUUCUGAUGGUGGCAGCAGACACGGCAAUUGUACGUCAGGGAAUGAUGCUGGUACGUUCUGGACGAUUUGCCCUUAUUGCUAUUACGUGUACGAAUUCGAGGGGAUUUAUAAGGAGUGUUGUGUUAGGUGUUCGAACGAGAAGUGCAAAAGGGUGAUGCAGGCGGUGGCUAUCGGUGGGCCCCCACCGCCGCCAGACUUGGUGGAGAAGGGCCAGUACUUGUGUACCGGGUUUGUGCCUUUGGGGUUUUCUGGUGGUGGUGGUGGUGGGAAAGUCGUGGAGAAAUUGUGGGGCCCAUUUGAGCCUCGGGUAGUAGGGUUGAGUAGUAAGGUGGGAGAUCAAAAUGCUGCUAGUAAUGGAGAAGGGGCUGCGAUUAAUGUUUAUGAUGAUGAGAUGCCGCCAACUGAAGGUAUUGGAACAGUUGGUACUGAUCUCAACCGUGGUGAAAGGGAGAAAUUUGAAAAUGGCGAAAUGAAAGAUUUAAACGGUGAAGGGUUUAUGAGUGGGAAUGAGAUUGGGUUCAUGGAGAGUGGUGUGAAGGAGGGGAGAACGAGGAGGAAAAAAUCUGUGCUGUGGAACUCGAAGAAGCUGAUGGGAAGAGGAGUGGGGAUUGAUGAAAAUCAGGCUAACUUGAUUUAUGGAUCUGGUGAAACUGGGGAUUCGAAUGCGACUGAAAACAGUGAAGAGGAGUUGGAGCUUGGGAUUGAAGGUGAAGUGAGCAAUGGUGUUGCGAUUGCGAGUGGGGUGGAGUUCUUCGAGGGGGAUGAUGACGUGUUGCAUGGUCUGCAGUGUGAUUUCGACUUGAGUGAUGAGGAGCGUGAGCUUUCAAAUGUUUAG